UUGUUGGGAAAACGAUUUCCAUCUUUCACGUAUAAGGCGCGAUAUUCUCUCGACAGGAACGUCCAGUUCUCUCCAGUAUUUGUAGCCGGUGGGUGGCUCUCGAUAUUGUUUCUUAAAGUCAAACCGAAGAGGUUCUAAGUAGUAAUCAUGGAGGCUGUGAAGAUGUUCCUGUUGGUUUCAGCCCUGACAUCUUGCGUAGCUCUGUUUGUCGCGGGUGACAGUGAGGAUGACAAGGCUAGAGAAAUAGGGUUGGCAGCGCUGACGGAGGCGAUGAGCAGCAACGUGUGCGCCAAGUACAACGCCGACGCGCCGGCAACGGAGGAGGCCAACAUGCAAGCCCUGGUCAAGUGCAAGAACGCGGCAGAAUAUCUCUUCAUGGAGCAGAGCAUCAAGCGCCCGGAAGAUUGCGCCACCAUCGCCGGCGUCAUGUGCGAAAACGACGAACAGAAGAAGAUGACCUGCAUGAUCAUCACCGAAACCGAGAAGAAGCCUCUAUGCCACUGCGCUCAGAACUUCAAGGCUGAACCUAAGGCCAAGUAGAUUUUAACACAGUUUAUAGCAAUGAUCAUCAAAAAGAGAGAGGGGAAAGUUCUGCACUGAAAAGAAAAAUUACGAGCCAUAUACUGCCGUACUAAGGAAAAA